AUUUAUCGGGAAUAAAAUACAUAGUCAUCCAAGAAAGUACGUCAUGGCAACGAUUAAUAUUUAAAAAAUUGUUUGCGAUAUACAAUCCGUCAAAAUUGAUCAUUUUUUUAGAAAUGAUAUAUUUUUUACAUAAUUCUGAUUUUUAAUCCCUUUUAACAAAUUUUUGUGUAAUAGAAACUUUACAGAAAAUAUGAAGCGAGGUCCCCUCAAUCGUCCCCGCUUAUUUAACGAAGUGAUUGAAGCUAUUGCUUCUCUAAAAGAAUCACAUGGCUCUACGAAGGAUAGGAUCAUGGAUCAAGUGGAAACCAUCCUGAGUAAAAGAAUAACUCGUUUGAAGAAUGACAAAACACAGAUACAUAGAGCUUUGAAACAUGGUUUAACAACGGGCCUAAUCAAAGUAAAAAACGGAAAAUAUGUUCUUGGUAUGAACCAAAAAGAUUAUGGAGCUUUUAAGAAAUUAAAAAUGCUUGGAUCCAUGGGAGAUAUGCUUAUGCAGUCUAGAAGACGCGGAGGUAGACGCAAAAGGAGAAGCAGAUCUAGGCGAGGCAGAAAAGGUAGGAGAGGUAGACGAGGAAGGAGAGGCAGGCGAGGAGGAAAAACUAGGAAACGAUCAGAUUUGAGCGAAUCUGAAGAUGGUAGUGAAUAUGACGACGACGAUGAUCUUGAUGAUGAUUCUAGUGUUGACAGCAUUAAAUCUGGAGAAGGAAGCGGUUCGCUAGAAGAUCGAGCGAGAAGACGACGACGUCGUAGAAGGAGAGGAAGAGGUGGUAGAAAAGGCGGAAAGAGAGGAAAAGGAAGAAGGAGAAGGAGAGGAAGAAGGGGAAUAAGGAAACGGAGUACAGACGGUAUUGUAGAUAUACAUCGUCAUACAGAAAGUGAAAACAAAUUUGAGGUCUCUUCCAAGAGUUCUGACGAGGAAUUAAAGAGGGAUUCAGACACUUCUCCUCACGAACAUAAUCCAGAUAUUACCCAGGUCCACAAUGAUGAAGAGCCAAUGGAUGAUGGCCAUCUCAAAUGUGAAAAAGAAAAUUGUUUAUGUAACUCCCACAAUGAUCAUUGAAGAUUAUUGAAGUAAAUUGUCUUUGUAUAAUAUGUGCUGUGUAAUAAAUUUGCAAGUACUGGAAUAA